UAAUAAAUAGCAUAUGUAUAAACAUUGCUGUAGGCUAAAAACAAGACUCCAGUACCUGGAAAGACCACAAAAAAGACAAAGGUUAGAGCUAUCUGGGGCAAAGUCACUCGUCCCCAUGGAGCAAGUGGAUCGGUACGUGCAAAAUUUAAGAGAAAUCUACCAGCCAAGGCUAUGGGUCAUCGUAUCAGAAUUAUGCUGUAUCCCAGUCGGAUAUAAAUUCAUACUCUUGUAUAAUAUAAGGAAAUAAAUACCUUUUUGGUACUAAAAGAAUAUUGUGUUUGUCUCAAAUAUGCAAGCUAAAAGUGUAUGCGUGUGCAUAAUUUUAUUCAUCCUCGAUUUACGACACGAAACCUAACCUGACCUAACCUCAAUCAUUAAUUUACGUCAUUCGCAAAGAGCUCGCAUCUUGAAAUGAUUUAUAUCCAUUGCUAGAAUAAGAGGAAGAAUCAUAAAGUAUAACAUAUGCUACGUGAUAAAAGCUCGUCAAGAUAAUUUAUAUUGAUCAAAAAUUUUCGGAGGGGAAGCCAUUUUUGUGAGGUUUACUUAUGCGUAGGUUUGAACAGUGUCUAGCAACGUCAAGCUUGCGCCAGUCUAUGACCGCAUUAUUACGGAUGGAUUUUGACAAAAAUUAAGCGAAAUAUCGGGAGACAUCCCAAACGAGGGGCGAAAAAAAGAGAGUGGACUUUUCUCUCGUUACAUCGUUACGAUGUCGCGUUUGCUGCACUUGUGAACGAAUAGUAAACCCGAGCGGUAUCGAGAACGAUGUUUUGUUGUCUGAGGAACUGUUUUGACGGCCUCGGCUUCGCCGCGACUCAUGCUCCGAAGCGGGAACGAAAUCCCAUCGCCUUAGACACGACUCAUAUGGGAAAUGAAGUAGUAAUAGUGAAAAAUGGUCUAAGAAUAUGCGGAAAUGGUGGUGCCUUAACAAAUGCCCCUCUUGUCCAAAGUAAAAGUUAUUUUGAAGUAAAAAUACAGCAAGGUGGUAUAUGGGCUAUUGGGCUAGCCAGGAGGGACACGGAUCUCAAUGUUGCCGAAGGAGGAAAGGAUUCAGAAAGUUGGGCACUCAAUUGGGAUGGUAUUAUAAGGCAUAACCAGCAAGAACUCCAUAAGAUUCAAAAUCCUGCACAGGAAGGGGAUGUUAUUGGAGUAUCCUAUGACCAUAUAGAGUUAAAUUUUUAUUUAAAUGGAGAAUCCAUGAAUGCUCCAGUUACAAAUAUAAAGGGACGAGUUUAUCCAGUGUUAUAUGUUGAUGAUGGAGCCAUUUUAGAUUUAAUUCUUGAGAAUUUUAUCUAUGCUCUACCAAUGGGCUUUGAAAAAAUAAUGCUGGAGCAAUCGUUGCUUUAGCAGAAUGACAAAAAGUGAAAUAAAAGUAAAAUAAUAAUCACUGUAUUGUCAAAAUUGAUAAUUGUUCGUCCAUUUCACGAUUUUGAUUAAUCAUUGGAACUAAAUUAAGAAUAAUUAUAAUUAAUAAGAACAAAUCUUAAAAUAGAAGAGGAGCCAUAGUAUUAAGAAACGAUGUCACAAAGUAUAAAUGUUUGUCAUAAUAAUUGCAUGAUAAUGCGUGGAUGUAUUUAAAAAAACGAGAUGCGUGGAAUAAAUAAUUUGCUUAAUGCUA